AUGCGGCCCUCCGCCCUAAUCCUGGCCGCCGCAGGCCUCACAGCCGCCCAGGACGCCUCAUCAAGCUGCACAGCCGGCCUGUACAUGAUCGUCGCCCGCGCAACAGGCGAGGACCCGGGCACCGGCCGUGUCGGCGUCGUCGCCAACAACGUCUCGUCCUCCAUCCCGGACUCCAUCGUCAAGCCGAUCGUCUACCCGGCCACCUUCGCCAACUACAGCGAGUCCGAGGGCGCGGGCGUGGCGGCCAUGACGGCCGCCAUCAAGGACAGGGUCGCCGCGUGCCCGCAGGGCAAGAUCGCGCUGCUGGGCUUCUCGCAGGGCGCGCAGGUCUCGGCGGACGCGCUGUGCGGGCGGGAUGAUGGGACGGGGACGGCGUUGUCCGACACCCCGGAGCUUGGGGGCGAGUAUGCGGAGAACAUUGUUGCUGUCGUCAUGUUUGGCGACCCUAGCCAUUCUGUCAAUGCCACGUUUAACCAGGGCAAUAGCACGAGGAAUGGGAUCUUUGCGAGGAACAACGUCACGGCGUGCGAGCCCUUCACGAGCAGGAUGCGCUCGUGGUGCGACGCCAACGACCUGUACUGCGACAGCGGGAACAGCUCCAGGGUGCAUGGCUCGUACUUCAACAACACGGCCUACCUGGCCGAUGCUUCGUCUUUCAUCAUCAGCCAGUUCAACCAGGUCGACUCUGGAGUCAAGAACGACAACAGUACAUCCAACUCGACGGACACCUCUACCAGCAGCGGUUACUCUCUGACAGCGGGCAUGGGGCGUUCUCAGAUGUUAUCAGCGGCCUUUGCAACGGCCUGUGGAAGCUUGUUGUUUCUCCUGUUAUAG